AUGGUAGCUCCUACUCCAUCCCUCAACUGGUCCAGCCAGCUAUCGGUAACAGCCUCUACAGACACCCCGGUCUCACUAACAGGCGAUAAAAUCCUACUACCACAGUCUGCCCUCGAACAGCUUCUCGCCGCAUCAGCAUCUGCACCGCAGCCCCCGCCAGCCGUUGUAGAUCUUGAAUCAUGGGAUACACCGCAGGAGCCACAACAGCGAAAUCAACAGCUGCCCCAUCCGUUAAUAUUUAGGCUUUAUAAUCCUGCAAAUAACCGCUUCUCGCAUGCGGUACCACGGGAGUUCUCAGCGGCCGAGGGGGAGGUCGGAAUAUCCCCAUUUCUAAGAGAGGCGCUAGGUCUUGAGGAGAAACACGAGGAGGCGUUACGAGAAGGCGAGACGGGGAGCACGAGGGAGAAAGCAAAGAUCACUAUUGUUUCAAAAUCUUUGCCCAAAGGAACGCACGUACGGCUUAGACCUCUAGAAGCUGGUUACGAUGACGAAGACUGGAAGGCGCUUUUAGAGCGGCAUCUGAGGAUGCAUUUUACAACCUUGACGGUAGGUGAGAUUUUGUCAGUUGCUGGAAGGACAAACAGCCGGGGGAAGGGGGACCGCGGAGAGUUUAGAUUCUUGAUCGACAAACUAGAACCUGAGGAGGCGGUCUGCAUCGUCGAUACUGAUCUGGAGGUCGACAUCGAACCUUUAUCAGAAGAGCAAGCAAGAGAAACAUUGAAACAGCGAAUAGCACGUAAGACAGGCGGGGCUAGCACAGGCGGGGUAGUCAAAAUCGACGAGCCUGUUCAAGGCCAAGUUUUACCAGGAGGCUACCAUUUCUAUGAGCUCAAGGAGUGGAAGCGGGAUCUGCCUCUCAUAAUAGAUGUCGAUGGAGUGGAAGACGGUGAUGAAGUAGAUAUCUUUGUUUCAACGUCGAAGCAGCAUCGCAAACCCCACGAUGACGAACAUGUAUGGGGAGAUUUUGGGAGCUCGUAUCCAAAACGCAUAAAAAUUGCUCCCACAAAUAUUGAGCUCGUUGAUCUAACUACACUAUCUUUCGGCAUCCAUGGUUACAGAACCCUUGAUGCGGGCGAUGACGAGGAAUCAGAAGAUGAAUCCACAAGACCAUAUGUUCUCAGAAUCACACAGCUCGGGUCCUCCGAGGAUAUGGAAACUGACACACCCACAAAUGAUGGACUCCCCCCAGGACCAGAUUACAAAAAAUGCAACAACUGCACUCAGUGGAUACCCGCACGCACCUUUAUGCUACACGAAAACUUUUGCCUACGCAACAAUCACGUUUGCAAAAAGUGCAACCAAGUUUUUAAACGCGGCACUGAAUCGCAGCAUUGGCACUGCCCGCAAUGCAGCGCACAUGGGAUUAAUGCCCCCUCAGCAUUGGAAAAACACGCAUCAAUCUUUCAUCACCCACGGCACUGUACUUCAUGUCCUUAUGAAGCUGCAAAUCUUCCCGACCUUGCUGUUCACAGAACCACGACUUGCCCCGGUAAAAUAAUCCUUUGCAAAUUCUGCCAUCUUCUCGUCCCUCAGGAUGGAGAAGGCGAUGGGUCACAACCAAAUGCAGAGAUAAUCAUGACGGGACUCUCGAAACACGAACUGGAAUGCGGAUCACGAACAACCGAGUGCCAUCUCUGUUCAAGAAUCAUAAAACUGCGUGAUAUGGAAAAUCACCUCAAAAACCACGACCUCCAGCGUUUAUCAAAAAGUCUUCCAAGGGUCUGUAGAAAUCCCAACUGUGCGCGCACACCUAAAAAUGCAAGGAACGACCUCGGACUUUGCGGGUUCUGUUUCGGCCCCCUUUAUGCACAAGGGUAUGACCCAACAGGCUCGCAGCUAAAGCGUCGUGUCGAGCGGAAGCUUCUCCAACAGCUACUCUCUGGUUGUGGGAAGUCCUGGUGUCAGAACGAUAUGUGUAAGACAGGCCUUGAGAACAGUGGGGUGAAGCCGGAUGGGGUUAUGAGCACUGCGAAAGCGUUCCCAAUCAUUAGACCCAUCACGGAUAAACUUCUGGAUACAAGUGUCCCAUUGAGUUUGUGUGUAGAUGAAACCACGAAGAAAAGGAGGGAAAUGGCCGAGUGGAUGAGCGCGGAAAGCGCAUUGCAUGAGGGCGGGGGUUAUGAUUUAGCCUUUACUAUUGCUGCGGUAGAGGAGGCAGCAGGUGAUAGGGAUGGCGCCUGGAAGUGGCUGGAGAGAGAAGGGGUUAGAAGCGGUGAGAGAAGAGAAUAG